AUGGCUCCUUCUCACAAGGCAAUGGUCCGCCAGAGCCACAUCAGCAAACACUAUAACCUCCGUUCGUCACCAUUGAAGUUGAAUCCUUCCUUGCUCAGCUCCGAGCCAUCUCCUUGUAUCAACAAUGACAGUGGAUUAUUGCGCAUCGAGCUCACAAUCGCGCACGAGGCGGUGUCUAAAAUAGGGACCUUUCUCGGUACUGACAUUAAUCAACUGCGAAAGGAGCUUGCCAAAACCGAGCGAGAGAAGGAAAAGGCUUUCACAGAGCGAGAUAAUAUUGUUGCUGCCCACCAGAAUUUCUUGCACAGUGCUGACGUUGUGUUGCAAUGCCCGAUCUGCCAAGCAGUUAUCAAACAACCUUUCAUUCUGGCAUGUCACCAUACAUUCUGUUGUCACUGCCUACUCAGCUCAUUCCAUGAUCGCAUCAGGGCCUGUCUAUCAUGCUGCAUCAAUGAGACCCUUCCCGAGCGCUUUCAGCACCAUCUAGCGCCGUUCACCAGCGCUGAGGUCAAGGAGUUGUGCGAUGGCCCAUACACUAUCAUCCCUGGUUGCUUUUAUACCUGCCCCACCUGUCAAGCUUAUGUCGAGAAACCUCUGGUCGAAAUUCCUUUGCUCAGUGAAGUGGUCGGCAGGAUUACUGAAGUUCUUGGCCCCAACAUAGAGCGUUCUGAGCGGAGGGUUCCCGCAAUUCCAGCUGCGCAUUGGGGAGUAUUCUUCAAGCAGUAA